CCAGAGCUCGAUGUUGAGCUCCACCUCCCGCCCUAGCUGCGGCCCCGCGCCGAGCUCCACUUGCCUCUGCCUCCCCGCCCGAACGCCGCGUCGAGCUCCGCCUCCCACCCGAGCUCUAUGCCGAGCUUCGCCCCUGCAACUAGGUCCACCUGAGCUCCGCCAACGCGCCAAGCUCCGCCCAUACACCGCUCAAGCUCCACCCGAGCGCUCCCCAACAUCACAGCAAGAGACGCCAUCAAAGUAGGACGGCUCAGUUCGCUCGAUUUUGCAGGAUCAAGCUGUCCCGAUUAGAGGGAAUAUUUAUUUUUGAAAUAGCUCCAUUUCCACGGUCGUGAACCAAACACACAGUGGAACGGCUCCGUCCCCACUCGCUCCUCAGCCAAAUAACGGUUCGAACCCGAUCCCUCCCUCCCGUCGACCGCAUUGUGUUUGCGUGGCGUCGCCCCCGCUUCACUCCGAUCCUCCCUCGCGGCCAUGGCGGGGCCGAAGCAGCCUCGACGCUACCACCUCCCAGCAAUCCUCGCCGCGAUCGUGGCCGCCGCUCUGCUCCUGUUCUCGCCGGCAGUGGGGGCGGUGGAGAAAGGGACGAACAGGUCGUCGUUGCUCGGGCAGCCGAGGCAUGUGGGCCACGGGAAAGGACGAGGCGGAGAUUAUCGCCGAGGCGGAAGCCCGCGGCGGAGACGGAGGAGGGAACUCGCCUGCAGGGGACCAAGGGCAAGAGUUUGAAUCGCUAGACAGCAUUCUGCAGUGGGCGAUUGGGAACUCUGACCCGGAUAAGUUGAGGGAAAAAGCUGCAGAAUUGGAGACCCUAUCGGCGGAUGAGUUACUCAAGCGCCAAGUGGAGAUUAAGGAGCUCAUGGAGAUGUUAAAGAUGCCAUCAGAUGCUGAGUUGAUGAAGACUGCCAUUGCUGACUUAAAUAAUUCCUCUGUUUCGCUCGAGGACCGCAAACGUGCACUGCAAGAGCUUUUAGUUCUAGUUGAGCCCAUCGACAAUGCUAAUGACCUUGAAAAACUUGGAGGACUUAUUCCGUUGAUUAAGCAACUUAACAAUGCAGAUGAAGGAAUAAGGGCUACAUCAGCAUGGGUCCUGGGUAAAGCCAGUCAGAAUAAUGCUCUUGUCCAAAACCAGGCUUUGUUGGCUGUUAAAAGUCUGCUGCAGCUUACUUCAGAUGACGCAGCAGAUCUGCAGAAGUUUUCAGGCUUGGAUGAUUCCCUGGAUGCAUUGAGGGUGCAAUUGGAUGAGUUGACAUCUCGUGAGGAACGAAAAGAAUAUGCUCUGGAAGUUGAAAUCCUGCGGAGAGAAGUCCAGAUCGUGUUCCAACAGAAAUUCAAUGAGGUGAGGGCUGUUGCAACUUCACAUGAAAAAUGACAAAUGAAGGCACAUAUAAACCCUGUAAUUUAAACACAUAUUGUCACGACCCAAGUUAAUGAAAAACGAUUAAAAACUAAUGCCACAUCCUCAUGAG